CUACGCACACACACGCUAGACCGGAAAUCUAAGGUGACAGAGAUAUACAACUAGAUGAGCAGCGUACCUAGAGGUUUCUUCCUGCCUGUAGUUUGUAUGUUCGUUGGUGUUUUGGUGUUCAGAGUGUUAGUACAUGACCAGAAAAGCUGUUGAUCAACACGACAGUUCAGAGGAAGAAAAAGACAGAUGUACAAACACUGAGCAGCAGUCAGUGAAGAAUGAUGGCGUCUGUUAAACGAAAGCUUUAUGACACACUGGAUGAUCUGGAAAAAGAAAAAUUGAAGAGAUUUAAGAGCUACUUAAGAGAAGAUGGACCUAUUCCAGUUUCUGAACUGGAGGAAGCAGGUACAACUGACACUGUAAAACAGAUGCUGGAUCGUUUUGGACCAGAAAGAGCUGUGAAGAUCACACUGGAUAUCCUGAAAAAGAUGAACCAGAACCAUCUUUCUGAACAGUUAGAGAACAAACUCGCUGAAGUCAAGAUAAUCAGCCGUGCUCAGACUGAAGUCAGAGUUGAUCUAAAUACUGAAACAGAGGAUUGGAAGCUGCAAAACUUCUUGAAAACUCACAAAAACAACAUGAAGAAAGCAAAAUAUAUUUUUGAGGGCAACAAACAAAAAGACACAGAUCUCAUGGCUGUUUACACAGAACUGUUUAUCACAGAGGGAGAUAUGAAAGAUGUUAAUCAUGAACAUGAGAUUCUGAAGAUUGAUGAUGCUUUCAAGAACAAAAAAACACAGGACAAACCAGUCAAAUGCAAUGAUAUAUUUACUGAACUGAGGAAAAACAGUGAGAAAAAGACUGUGCUGACCAAAGGAGUCGCUGGCAUUGGAAAAACUGUCUCUGUGCACAAGUUCAUCCUGGACUGGGCAGAAGGAGAAGCCAAUCAGGAUGUACACUGUGUGUUCCUGCUUUCAUUCCGAGAGAUUAACUUAAUGACAAAUGAAGAUUUCAGUCUCCAUGAGUUUCUGCUGGAAUUUUAUCCUGAACUGAAGGACCUGGAGAAAUCAAAGUUCUAUGAGGAAUGUAAGCUUGUGUUUAUAUUUGAUGGACUUGAUGAGAGUCGCCUGCCUCUGAAUUUUAAUACUAGAUCUCUGAACACUGUAGAGAAAAGAUCGUCUGUAGAUGUGCUGUUUACAAGUCUGGUCAAAGGUAAGCUGCUUCCAUCAGCUCUUGUGUGGGUGACAUCACGACCAGCAGCAGCCAAUCAGAUCCCUCUUCAGUAUGUGGGUUUGUUCACAGAGGUGAAAGGAUUCACUGACCAGCAGAAGGAGGAGUACUUCAGAAAGAGAAUCACAGAUGAGAAUCAGGCCUCCAGAAUCAUCUCACACAUUAAGACGUCUCGUAGUCUCUACAUCAUGUGCCACAUUCCUGUGUUCUGCUGGAUCACGGCCACAGUACUUCAGGAUAUUCUCAUUGAGAACAGUGAAGAGAACAUCAGCACAACACUCACUGAAAUGUACAUUCACUUCCUGCUGAUACAGAUGAAUAUGAAGAGCCAGAAAUAUGAUAAAAAUGCAGAAAGACAACGCACAAAGCUCUUACAUUUAAAUAAAGAAAUGAUUUUAAAGCUAGCCAAACUAGCAUUUCAACAGCUGAAGCAGGAAAACAUUGUAUUUUAUGAAAAAGAUCUGGAAGAAUGUGGUAUUAAUGUGAGUAAAGACAUUGAAUUCACAGGAAUGAUCGCUGAGAUCUUUAAGAUGGAAUAUGGACUUUAUGAGAUGAAGGUCUUCUGCUUUGUGCAUCUGAGUGUUCAAGAGUUUCUCGCUGCAGUACAUGUGUUCAUCUGCUACCUGAACAAGAACAGGCAAGAGCUUCAGUUUUUCUUUGACAAGCCAAAAGAAAAUAUCACAUUGCAGGAGUUACUGCAGAAGGCUGUUGAUAAAGCCAUGAAGAGUCAGAGAGGACAUUUGGACCUGUUCCUGCGGUUUCUAAUGGGCAUUUCACUGGAAUCCAGUCAAAACCUGCUCCAAGGCCUGAUCACACACACUGAAGACACCACAGAGAGCAUCACAAAAACAACUGAAUACAUUAAAGAAAAACAAAACAGGAAAAUAUCAGAUGAAGCUUCAGUCAACCUAUUUUACUGCUUACUUGAGCUCAAGGAUCAUUCAUUAUAUGAGGAAAUCCAGAGUUACCUCAGUUCAGAUGAGCAUCCAGGAAGAAAACUCUCAUCUUCAAUGUGCACAGUGCUGACAUAUGUACUGCUGAUGUCAGAGAAGGUGCUGGAUGAGUUUAACCCAAAAAGGUUCACGUCACCUUCAAACUACGAGAGACUCAUCCCAGCUGUGAGAUGCUGCAGAAAAGCCCUGCUUUGUGGGUGUCAUCUCACUGCUCAGUCUUGUGAGAGUUUGUCAUCAGUUUUACAAUCAUCAAACUCUGUCCUAAGAGAGCUGGAUCUGAGUAACAAUGACCUGAAGGAUUCUGGAGUGAAGCUUCUUUCUGAGGGAUUGAAGAGUCCAAAUUGUCAGCUGGAAAUACUGAGUCAGAAUUCUGGCAGCAGUGUUCUGGAUGAGCUGCAGCUGUCUAAUGGUCUUCUUGGAAAGGCCAGUGAAGAGACCAUUACAGUAAUUGUCUCAGGUUAC